UCCGGAACAGUGUUUGGUUUCUAUGUGCAGUCAAAAAAUGUUGUCCACUUUCAUUUGAACUUGUCAAGAAAGGUACAGGUAAAGUGACAUGUCAGCUUGGGUCAGUCUCGUUAAUCAGAAUGAUCUGUCACUGCGAUUAAUAAUGACAAAUGUAAUUAAGCAAAAUUAAAAUUUUGAAGGCCUCUCGAAACGGAAUUCGUUUCCAAGUUGAUAUUGAUAAUGGAAGGUGAAAAUCAUAAUGACAAUGAAGUUACUUUAGAGAUAAAGGAUAAGAUGGAAGAUGUUAAUCAGUUUGAUUCAGUUUCUAAUGUCGUAUCACAACCAGAUAAAUCGAGGGACAAUGCAAAAUCUGUACUGAAAGACACCACUAAUCUGUCCCAUGUCAAGAAGCAUGAUAUAGUUCCAAGUCUUGGAACACCAAUCAAACUUAAGAAAAUGAAAAAAGGUAUAUUUGUAUCAUAUUCCCCUGAUGCUGGAUUUUUGGAGCGAAAAUUUGUUGUAGAAACUAUUAGGCAGUUAAAGGAGAACAACUUGGCAGAAGACAUAUGGUUUGACAAGGAUGAAAAGAACACAGACAGUCCUUGUUGGUUUUCUAUGAGAAUGGAAGCUGUUGAAAAGUGUCGUGCAGCACUAAUAUUUCUAUCAGACAGCUAUUUUAUGUGUCCAGUUUCAGUGUAUGAAGGAAAAACAUUAUAUGAAAGGAAGAAAGCAUCACCAACAUCAGUUGAAAUAUUCCCUGUUUUGUUUUCUUCAAUGGAGAAAACAGAGUUACCUCGUGAAUAUUCUAGUAUUUUAAAAAAUCUUGUAGAUUUGACUCAACAACAUACUAAACUUAGUUUAGCAGAGAAAGCAUCUGUUGUGAUUGGUGCAGUGAUGGAAAGUUUGGAGAAGUUUGCUACAAUAAACACGCCACCUACACCCAUCACACCACCUGAUACUGAAUUCAGUGGAGAUUACAAAAAGAAGAAAAUUUGUCAGUGGAGCCCAAGUGACUUGCAAGAAUGGAUUUUCAAGUUAGGUGUAAAAGAAUUCUAUCAGCAAAGCCUAGCAGAAAACAUGGUUGAUGGAUUUUUGUUGAUGUCCCUGACAGACCAAGACAUGAUAAACCACCUUGGAAUUGACAGUCGUGUAGUACGUAAGAAGAUAAUGCAGCAGAUUCUGCAGACACUUGAUAAAGAACACCGCUCAGUAGACAACUGGCAUCUUCGAUCCAGAGCACAAAGAUCAAAACCAGAUGUCAUAUAUCUGAUUUAUGACCCAACAGAUGUGAGAUUAGCACAAAAUGUUAAAGCUGACUUGAAAAAGAAAAACUUGCAGGUUAUUCACCAUGACAGUUUGAAGCUUGGUAAAUCAAAAGAAGAGUUUCUACAGAUAAAUGGUCCACACAUGGCUACAGCAACCCAUGUAAUAGUUAUCCUGACAGAUGCUGCAACAUUGUCACCUUUUGUUUUCCAUGAAGUGUUGUUUGCUGAUUGGCUUGGCAAGAAAAUAGUCACCGCCAUGUUUAAAAAUGUUUGGCCUGGUCUUCGACCAUCACUUAAAGCUAUACUAGGUGAUUGUCCAGCCAUUGAUUUUGAAACCAAGAUGUACAAUGAGAGCUUAGAUGUACUUGAGCACCAUAUUAAGCCUUUAAGGAGAGUUCCUGGAGUUGUACUGGAGCAGUCUUAUCUCAAUAAGAUGUCAGAUGGACUCAAACCAUUAGAAAGUCUGGCUUUAGUUAAAAUUGUUCUUUCAGAUGGUGUUACCAAUGUAACAAAGGAAGAUGGAGACCCACAAGUGUUCAUAAGUUAUCAAUGGGACAUGCAGGGAAAAGUAGAGGACAUUAAAAACAUGCUGGAACAUAAUGGCCUUCAGUGUUGGGCAGAUAUCAACAUCAACCAUCCACCAAGGGGAACCAGUAGCAAAAGUUCACGUAGUAGUGUGACCCAUCAACUUGAUUCUGGUCUGGAAACAUUACAGAGUCAAAUCCAGAGAAAUAUGAAAGCUGCUUCAGUAGUUUUAACCUGUCUCACACCAAAAUACCUCCAAAGUGAUAACUGUAAGAAAGAUUUGACAUUAGCUGAAACAUUUCACAAACCAAUUGUACCAGUCUUACUCCGAUUCUCUCCCCUUGAAAGUGCUCCAGAUCAAGUGCGAAAACUUUUGGCUCGUUAUAGUUACAUAGAUCUUAGUAAUGAUCGGUUAUACAAACAAAACAUUCCGAUUGUGCUGGAGAAAGUCAAAAAGUUAGCAACUCAUAGAGGUUACAGCUAGUACAAACAUUGUAAAAAAAAUCAUCAUACAAAAGCUACAAAAUCAUGUGCCAUCAUGUAUAAAAAAGACUAAAUGUUGUUUGUAAUCUUUCACUAUUAUAUUUAUCAUAUUAAGACAUGUGUUCUUUAGAUAUAGAUCUGUGUUAAUUGUAUUAAUUUAGCAGAGAAUUCCUGGAUAUGAAACAUAAUUCACUGAAAAGAUAUUAAAUCUAGUUAGAUCUUUCUUUCAGUUGUAGAGUAUAAACAAUAAGUGUUUCCCAAGUUCAGUCAUUUCAAUUGGCAGUUUUGAUUGUGUUAUUUUGUGUAUUAUGUUAAUGCUGCUAGUGUUUAACAGUAGAAAUAUUUAUUUAUAUUUGUAUAAAUGGUCAAUACUUUAGAAUGUUAUUUGUAAGAAUUACUUAAGAUUGGUUUAAACUUUCACCAAAACAAUGACAGUGAAUGUACCAUAUAGACUAUAGAUCUGUUUUUUUAGUUAACAACUCAGGUUAAUCAGAUGGCUUGAAAUUAUUCAUUUUUUUGUGUGAAUUAUAAUCAUUGUCAUUCAUCAUAUCAAAACUUCUGCAAUGUGUUCAAAACUAAAUUAAGUAUUACUGCAAUUAGAUAAAAAACAGUUCUCCUUUCCUCAGUGAAAUUUGUUUUCAUUUUAUAAUGAUAAUGUUCUGAAUAAAGUGUGUCAAAACAAUGUCCAAGAAGAAAAAUAUAUGAUGCUAAUUAAAUGUUCUGAUGUUACUUUAUAAUGAAUAAGAUACAAUAGAUUGGACUGGUUACUCAAGAUUUUCUGUUAUAGUAUGUUUUUAAGUUAGGUUACAUUUUAUUGGUUAUUUCCCAUAUUUAGUAGUUUACAGUGCAUUCUAUACAGUUUAUUGUUUUUGAUAGCAAAGCAAGAAAUAGAUAGUAAUGUUUGAUUAGUUGAAUAUAAAAUUAUGCUGAUUUUGCCUUUACAUGUUUACAUUGCAAUUGCCUGAUGUAGCCAAACUGGCAAAAAUGAAACUGAACAUUUAAUUAAGUUUCCUUGAGCAAUUUUCUGCUGUCAAACUUUUCAAAGUUUUUAAUAUUUGCCAAAAGAAUAAAACAGUGUUUGAAAAACAAAGUUGUAUUUUAUAAAGUAAGUAUUAACUCUUCGAUCCCUUCUCCCAUAAAAAAAAAUUAAAAAUCAGCACAACAACUGUUCGCAUUUUUAAGUAAACUCAGCCAAAGUUGGUGUUUGGGGAGGGAAUUCGUAUAGAAUUACAAUUAUCAGAACAUAAAACUACUCAAAAACUUCUCCUGCUGAUGUUUUUGUAAACAGAAAAUAGAUAACUGAAUGUUUGCCUUGUUACGAAGCUGAUUGUGCUUUAAUGUUUCUAAUGGAAUCAUACAUAUUUGUAUUUUUAAAUAUAUUUUUAUAUAAAACUGAUAAUAACAACCAUUUUCAAUUCUGUGAUAUUUUUUGUUUUUUACUGUGAUUUGUCCACAAGUUGUGUUGUAUUACCUCAAAGCUUUAUAUAUUUUUAUGUUGUGUUUAUAUGUUAUACCUAUUGUUUAAGGGGUGGGGACAAUUCAAAUGGGUUACAUAAUGGUACAAUGUUAAUGUUGAAUGAGCAAUGGUUACAACUGUGUUUUAUUUUUGUCUUUUUUUUGUCAGUAUGCUUUUGCUUAUUUUAAUUUGCAAUUGCAUAAAAUGUGUUAAAUAUUCCCCACAUGAAUAGUUUUACAAAUCAGCACAACUAAUGUGAAGGGUGUUCUUACCAUUUGUUGCAGGAAUUUUAGUCCCUCCAGAAAAUUUUAUGCAAACAAAACCUGUGAAAAUAUCAACGUUUACUGAAGGUAGAAAAGAAAAGGUCUGUCAUUUUGAGAUAACACAGGGGACAUAGGUCAUACAUAGUUUUGCUAGAUUAACAUUUGUACUAAAGGUCAGAAUACUUCCUCAAACAACAAAAGAUGGCAUAAAUAAAUUGUUUAAUAGUAUAUGUUAGCAAGUGGAGAAACACAUUUUGAAUCAUUUAAAUGUUUAGUCACAAUAGAAUGGCAAUACAUAAUUUACAAAUGCAAAAGAAAAAAAUUACACAUAAGAACCAUAAUACUUGUAGAUUAUCGUUUGUCAUCUCAACGUGAUUGAUUUUCUUGCUUGAGCCGGUACAGCGAAAGUGAGAAAAGCAAUUGAGUUGAGAUGAAAUCUGUUUAUCGCUAUUUUACCUAUGACGACGUUGUAAAUUUCAUUGACAACUGCAUGUGCGCCCUUAGUUUCUAGCGAUAAUUUUUCGUAUCACUCUACUGUGCUGAGAAAGGAAAUUAUCAGUCAGUAAGAUCAAAGGAAAAUUUCGUAAAAUAGCGAUAAUUAAUAUUAAAUGCAUGUUUAUCUGAGUUUAUAAAAACAAAUUUAGUUGUCCUUAAAAUUUAAACAAAACAACAAAAAUCUUUUACUUUUUAUCCAAACUUUCUUUUAAAAAAAGAGCAUGGUUACCUGUUUUAAAUUAAAGAUUAUUAUUUAAGAUCAAACUUAGGCUUCAAACAUAUUUUUUUAUGAAAUUGUAAUCCAAUACAGAACUGUGUUCAUUGAAUUCUUUGUGUCUUAAUUUAUAGGGCUGUUCUAUAAACAUACAUGAGACCCAGGAGGGAAGACAAUUUGAAAUGGCCACUAUUGGUGGGUGUGAAAUAUUAUGUUAUACAUACAUGCAUAAGUUUAAAAUGUAUGAAGGUCUCAUAAAUUAAUUCUGUUGGUGGCUUCCUUGUGUUCCAUGUAUGUUUUAAAGGAACAGCCAUGAGUUACUUAUGAAUAAAUAACCACAUUUUAUUAUGCAUUAAUCAUUCCUCAGUAUAAAUUAAUAUUUCACAGAAAAAUAAAUAAGAACAUGUCUACUCUACAAGAAAUAACGUAAGUAAGACAAGACUUUGACUGACAAUUAUUUACAAAGACGAUAGAAAUUAGUCGAAUUUUGUCAAUUCUUUAAUAAAACAAGUUAAAUAGAAUAAGCUUGAUUUUUCAUACAUAGAAUACAUAUGUUUUAAUAUGUCAUACAUCAGAUUUAAUCAUUUUUCGCCUAUAAUUUUUGUUAUUGUAUCAGAUCAGUGCUCGAAAUAUAAAGAUGUGUACAUCAUAAUUGAAAAUAUGAGCUCUAUAUCAGUAGUACAUAUCUAGUCUUGUAAGACAAAGUAUUUCAUUCUAUUUAAAGCAUUUCACAUUCCAGAAAUUUAUAUUUCUGAAUUUUAAAGUUUUGUCAGUUGAACUCGCAUCAUUUAGUUUUAACCCAUUAAAAUACCUGUGUCAAUGUUUCAUAUGAUAGACUCUUUACAUUAUAUAUUAAAAACGAGCUAACUCUGUGUAAUCAUAUCAUUUUAUAAUUAUAAAAAGAGUAUUCUAAAAUAAAUGAAAAUUGCCAAAAUAAAACACCAUAGUGCCUCAGAAGGUAAAAAUAUCUUUUUUGUAAUAAUCAAGUUGCCAAAAUGGUAAAAAAAAAUUAAAUUGGGUAAAAAUAAUGCGUGGUUAGUUUGAAAUUAUUUAUUGAUUGAAUCAUCAGAAACCUGUUGUAAGUGAAAUAUAAAAUGGUUCAAGUAAUUAAUUGUUUUCAAAUUUGUUCAGAUGGUACAUUGUUUUUGCAAUUUGGGUUAAAUAUAAUAAAAAGGUGAUGUCUCAGAUUUUCAAUAUAACUUCAAAAUGUUUAACUUGUACUAAAAACUGAAAUUAUGCAGUUAUAUCUUUAUUCUUUUGCUGUGAAAAACAAAGUAGAAUUAUGAUUUGUCAGUUAAGCAGCAUUACAAUUUUAUGCUAAUUUCAAAGUUUUGGAGUAUAUUUUUUUCAUCAAUAAAUUUGAAUAAUGUAUACACUAAAAUUAAAGUUUUGUUACCUUAUUAUUAUCUUGCAUCAUUUAGAACAGAAACUUUUCUGGCAACAACAUGUCAAUUUGUAAGAAAGAAGAUAUGUGGUCUGCUUGGAAGAAUAAGGAUUUCAGGAACAUUUUUGAGAACAUUUUCACCAUACAUGUAUUACAUGCAUUCAAUACAGUUGUGUGUCUAUUUUAAGAAUCUUUCUUUAAUGGUUUCAAAGAAUGGAAAACAAAUUAUCUAUCCAUUUUUAGUGUUCUAGUUAAAUAUAUGUUGGAGCUUACAUAAAUCUGUGACUUUUCCAAUUUACUGGUUCUUAGCCUAUCAGUAAAACUAUCUGUUUCAUGUAUGACAAUUUUGAAGCAUGGAGAAAAUAUGCUACAGUAGUUUGUUCAAAAGGUUUGGAUUUUUACAUAUUCUUAUUAUUGCCUUUAAACUGUAGAAUGUUAUGAUAUGUCAUUGUAUCCUACAGUAUUAAAACCUCAGGCCAAAACAGCAUUGUUGAAUGUCAACAAUGAAUAAAACCACUUAUUUAUUUUUAGCAUUUUUUUUUAUGGUUCUGAAAUAUUUGUUAUAUAUAUUAUAUUGUUUUUCGUACUAACUUUAAAUAUUAUUUAAAAUUGGAAUACUUAAGUCAUAUUUUUCUCUUUCAUUAGCUAUCAAAUUACAAAAAAAAUCCUUUUUGAGAAACUGUUAAGUUUGGUAAAAAUCUGUCAGAAGCGAGACAUAGUGAUCCUACAUUCUUGGGGAGGCUGUGUUUAAUACUAGUAAAACCUCAAUGGAACUUUAUGACACUCAGAAGAAGCUUUUUUAUGACCAAAUUACAGUAUCCAGAGCUAAAUUUUGAAAAAAAUAUUGUUUUCAUUUCCAGUAUUUUAUUGAUACUUUGUCUUUUCAGUUACAUUUUACAUACAGUCUCAGAUUAAAUUUUUUAGAUAUCAAUAACUUUGUCAAACCUUCACAAAAGUUCAAAUUUAAAAAAAUCAUAUUUUACUGAUAAAAGGCUUUAGUUUUUGACUGUAGAUAUUGCACUUUUACACCAACAGCAGCAAUUGCAGGCAAGAUAGGAGUUGAUGGAACCCUUUACAAAUUGUUGUCAUAAGAUUUAUUGUUAUUGAUCUGACUGAUGGGUUAAAGCAGAUUAUUGUUAUUGAUCUGACUGAUGGGUUAAAGCAGAUUAUUGUUAUUGAUCUGACUGAUGGGUUAAAGCAGAUUAUUUACUUUAUAAAAAUAAUUCCAAUUAUAAAUAAUACCUAAUUUUAUUAUAUGUUAAUUGUUAUAUGUUUUGAUCUCUUCUUGCUGAUUGUGUUAUGAUUUUGUGGAGUUUCUGCUCCUGUCAAAGCUGCCAGUCAUGUCCAUCGUGUAAAUACAUGUAUAUAUUUAUACCAGAGUGUUAAGUGUGAAGGUUACAGGUGUGUACACAGUGUGGAACACAUAAUUUAUGUUUUCUUGGAAAAGGGGAGUUAUUUUGUUCAUAAUAUUCAGAGCAUACUUUUUAGAGUAUUGAUUUAACAAAUUUCUUUUCUUGAAAAAGUUUUUUGCCUGCAUUAUCACUGUUGUUAAAGACAACAAGACAACAUUUGUCCAAAAUUUACAUAAAAUUGAAAAAUAAUAUUUAAAAAUCACCAAAACAAACUAUUGCGAAAGGAAUGAAACCUUUUCCCAGAAUCAGUUCCUUUUUGUUGCAUUAUUCAAAAAAAUUUGCAAGUUUACCUGUCCCAUUUUAUAAAUACAGUAGCUAUUGGUCUCUGUGGUAUUUAUUCAAUUGGACAUAUAAAUUUCUUCUUGAAAAGCCAACAAGUAAUUGAUUUAUUAAGCUGGACAAAAAAUGUAAUCUUAGUGCUGAAAAUGCAUGAACCAGUACUGAAUGAUAAUAAGAUUUUUAAUUACAAACAAAUUAACUGUGGUGGUGCAUUUCUUUUGUUGUUAAGUAUUUUUUUUGUCACAUAAUUUAAGCGAUAGUUCUCUUUUACAUAUUUUUUUUUAAUUUCAAUCUGAAAAUAAUUUCUGUAAGAAUUUGAUAUUCCCUUGACAACAAUAUUAAGGAAACCAAGUUACAAUGUUUAUGAUGGCCACAGGUAGAUAUUUUGAAUGUUGGAUAUCAAAAUAAAAAAUGUAAUAUGAUAAAUAUUGUUACAUAUUGACUUUAAACUGUAAUCUACUUAUUGGAUACAACUUUCUAAGGUUGUCAUCUGGAGCCUAAAUUAUUCAGUCAUGAUCAUACUUUUAUUGUAGUACCUUGUUCUUUUUAGUGAGCCCAUGCUUUAUGAUCGUAUGGAUAGAUACCUUAACAAACAUAGUUGUUUCCAUCCUUUUAUUUUGGUCUCUGGUGAGCAACACUACCAAGGUAAAAUAAACUCGACUAAAAUGUCAUUAUCUCCAUGUAAAAAUAUCUUUGCCAUUUUUUUUUAACUGCAAUUAUAAAAUAAAGAAGACAAUUUAAGAAUGCACCCAAAUACACAGAUUUGUAUAUUUUGACAGAAGUAAUUUGUCUGUUUGCUUCAUUUAUAGUUUGUAAUCACUGUCACCAAAUUUUAAUUCAGUGAAUAACAUACAUUAUCUGAUUUUGGGUAAAGAUCUUUAAAAUAUCUGCCAGGAAUUAUUUCCAUCAUAUUUUAAGAAUAUGUUUUGUUUCUGCUGUAAUCCAUGCAAUACCAAUCUUUACAUUCUGUUAUUUAUUCUAGAUGGAAUAUUUUUUUGUUAUGGAACAAAAUAAAUGGAAAAAUGAUGA